CUAUCAAACUCUCUGAUUGUGUAGCACCACUGGAAUUAAAAGCACAAGGUAAUAGAAAGAGAAAGAGACUAAAAGGCCUCCCAACCGAUGACAAUCUUAACAAUCAAACUCACUCAUUGCACAUGGGGUGUGAAGCAUAACAACAGCCAAUAUGUCGGAAAAAAAGAUGACAUCGAGCCGCAGGCAUCAUCUGAAGAGCUUGGUGCUCCAGAUUGCAUUUGAGCUGAUUGAGACGGAGAAAAAGGAGGCUGUGCAGGAGAAAGCCAAUUUCAUGGCUGAGCUCCCCGCCCUGGAUUUGUCUGGAGAUCAAGCGGCGCUGGUGGAAAUGCUCAAAAAGUUAGCCCAUACCAUCGACAAGGUUGAUGAGGACAGAUAUGACGCAGAGUCCAAAGUGACGAAGGCAGACAAAGAGAUUGAGGAUUUGAGGAUGAAAGUGGUUGAGAUCCAGGGCAUGAAGAAGCCAGCUCUGAAGAAAGUGCGUAUGUCUGCUGAUGCUAUGCUCCAGGCUCUGCUGGGCACCAAGCACAAGGCUUCCAUGGAUUUCAGAGCCAACUUGAAAGAAGUGAAGAAGGAGGUCAAAGAGGAGGGAGUGGAUGCAGUUGGUGACUGGCGCAAGAACGUUGAUGAACAGGCUGGCAUGGACGGCAGGAAGAAGAAGUUUCAGGGUUGAACACAUUCAUUUUUCAGCCAUAGCCGACUUUUGUGUUUUGUCGUAUUGUGGUACAGAGAUGGAUUUCUAUGACCUUGUUGUUAGGCAUCCCUUCAGGAAGAGGAUCUUUGAUUUUAAAUGCUGUUAUUUUUUGAUACUGUAGGUUCAAAUAUAUACUCGACACUAUGGUUUUGGAUCUCUCUCUCUCUUUCUUUAUCUCUCUCUCUCUCUUUCUCUCUCUGUCUCUCUAUCUUUCUCUUUUAACUUUUCAGUGUUAUUUGCAAAUGUUUUUGGCUAUGGUAUAGUGAGGUGGAAAGGGUAAAUAUUUGUAGCUUCACCCACUCUUAACAUCACACAGCUUUCCAUCUGCAUCUGUAACAUUCACUAAAAGGAACAUAUUCACUAACCAAAAAAUACAAAUAAAAAUAUAUUUUAAAAGCUUG